AUGUCCGAAUCUACUGUUGGAAAGACUAUCACUUGUAAGGCCGCUGUCGCUUGGGAAGCAGGCAAACCAUUGUCCAUCGAAGAAGUCGAAGUUGCCCCACCAAAGGCCCACGAAGUCAGAAUCAAGAUCUUAAACACCGGUGUGUGUCACACUGACGCCUACACCUUAAGUGGUGUUGACCCAGAAGGUGCAUUCCCAGUUAUCUUGGGACACGAAGGUGCCGGUAUUGUUGAAUCCGUAGGUGAAGGUGUCACCAGCGUCAAGGUCGGCGACCACGUUGUCGCCUUGUACACUCCUGAAUGUAAGGAAUGUAAGUUUUGCAAGUCCGGCAAGACCAACUUGUGUGGUAAGAUCAGAGCUACUCAAGGUAAGGGUGUCAUGCCUGAUGGUACCUCCCGUUUCAAAUGCAAAGGCCAAGACCUUUUGCAUUUCAUGGGUUGUUCUACCUUCUCCCAAUACACUGUUGUUGCUGACAUUUCCGUGGUUGCUGUUAACCCAGAAGCUAAGUUCGACAGAACCUGUUUGUUAGGAUGUGGUAUCACCACUGGUUACGGUGCUGCUACCAUCACUGCCAAUGUCCAAGAAGGUGACAAUGUUGCCGUGUUCGGUGCUGGUUGUGUCGGGUUGUCUGCUGUUCAAGGUGCUGCCCAAAGAAAAGCCGGUAAGGUCAUCGUGGUUGACAUCAAUGACAAGAAACAAGAAUGGGCUACCAAGUUCGGAGCUACUGAUUUCGUUAAUCCAACUACUUUGCCAGAGGGCCAAACCAUUGUCGACAAGUUGAUUGAAAUGACUGAUGGUGGUUGUGACUACACUUUUGACUGUACUGGUAACGUCAAUGUCAUGAGAAACGCCUUGGAAGCCUGUCACAAGGGUUGGGGUACCUCUGUCAUUAUCGGGGUUGCUGCUGCCGGUAAGGAAAUCUCCACUAGACCAUUCCAAUUGGUGACUGGUAGAGUAUGGAAGGGUUCCGCUUUCGGUGGUGUUAAAGGUAGAUCUCAAUUACCUGGCCUUGUUGAAGACUACAUGGCUGGUAAGUUAAAGGUUGAUGAAUUCAUCACUCACAAACAUCCUUUGGAAAAGAUUAAUACUGCUUUUGAUGACAUGCACCACGGUGAUUGUAUCAGAGCUGUCAUCAACAUGUGA